GGGGAGGUGGCAAACUGGACUAGAUCUGUAUUGGUUCUGGCCUGAGGCAGUGGGAGGAGACAUUGACAAUGAAUAUGCUGAGGACACAUGUUUACAAUGAUGGGGGAGAGAGGAAGAAUGGAGCUGAACAGGAUCUCAAAACACUAUGGUGCCUCUUGUGAUCAGACUGACAGCCAAGGAAGCUAACGAAAGUCACUACAGAAGGACGCCAGAGUGACGCAGUGACCUGCAGUGUCUUGUCAGACACAUGCAAGGCAGAUAUUAAAUGACGUAUCACAGAACUUGAUAGUAUUUGUCUCUGACUCAACCGUUCUGUAGGUACAAAACUCUCCUGUUCCCUAACAAACAACAAGGGGGACAAAGUUAUCACAAGGACUAAAGGGACAAACUGUGAAGAUCACUUCUCAGGGAUGACCAGCACACAGCUGCUGAAAACUUCACCCAACGAGUCUGUAUUUGGUGCCCAGCCUUCCCAGAGGAUGGCGUCCACUGUGUCCACUGUACCUCACAGCGUUUUCGGACCCUCUCCUCCCCCUCCAGCUGUCUGGCCUCCUCUGGACUUCGCCCUGGGUGCCCUUGCCUGCUGCGCAGCCUGCGUGUUCACCAAUCCUUUGGAGGUUGUGAAGACCCGUCUGCAGCUCCAGGGAGAGCUGCUUGCACGGGGCUCCUACCAGAGACACUACCGUGGAGUCCUCCAGGCCCUGUGGGUGGUGGGCCGCACAGACGGGCUUCGGGGCCUGCAGAAGGGGCUCUCAGUCGGGCUGAUUUACCAGGGUGUGAUGAACGGUGUGAGGCUGGGCUCCUACUCCUACUGUGAAGCUCUGGGUAUCACCUCGUUCCACGGGGGGAGUCUUCUGUCAGGGGCAGGGGCCGGAGCGCUUGGUGCCUUCAUUGCCUCUCCUGCCUACCUAGUGAAGACUCAUCUGCAGGCUCAAACUGUGGCAGCCAUAGCAGUAGGCCACCAGCACAACCAUCUGGGAGUGUUCGAUGCCUUUGUUACCAUCUAUAGAAGAGAGGGUUUAAUUGGCCUUUGGAGGGGAGUGAACGGGGCUGUGCCUCGAGUCAUGGUAGGAUCAGCUGCUCAACUGGCAACCUUCACCUCGGCCAAGGACUGGGUGUCACAUUCCCAGUGGUUUACUCCAAGCAGCUGGCUCACGGCUUUGAUAGCUGCCAUGAUCAGCGGAGUCGCUGUGGCGAUCACCAUGACGCCAUUUGAUGUCAUCAGUACACGGCUCUACAACCAGCCGGUGGAUGAGUUUCGCAGGGGACGCCUGUACCAUGGAUUUUCAGAUUGCAUGCUAAAGGUGUGCCAAUCUGAGGGCCUGGUGGGGUUGUAUAAAGGCAUGGGCCCCGUGUUUCUGCGCUUGGCCCCACACACAGUGCUCAGCAUGCUGUUCUGGGAUCUGAUGAGACAACAGACUGUGAGGGACCGCCAGAGCCAGGGAAGGAGCUAAAUCACUCCAAAUGCCUGCACAGGAUUGACUGGACUCAGUUGUAACUAUCUAAGCGGUCCAUCAAUUGAUGAAACACUGAAUUUAAUGCUAAGGUUUGACAUUUUGGGAAAUGCUCUUUUUCUUUCUUGCCAAGAGUUAGAUGA